CGCCCAUAGAAACCACGGUCUCACUAUCACUCGUUUCGUCUCAUCCCAAAUCUUUACUACAAAAACAAAACCAACCAUUCCGCAUUUUCCUUUUGCAUUGUUUUUUUCCUCUGCACAAAAAAUGGCUUCUUCAGUACUCUCUGUAGCAGCUUCACGCUCUGCUUCACUUCCAUUGCAUGAAACCACCAUCAAGGGAAAGGCCAAAAUUCGAAGCAACGGUUUGAGAUUUAGCCAGUCUUCUGGCCGGAUCUCUAUGGUUGCUGCGGUUAAUGUUUCUCGGUUUGAGGGUAUACCGAUGGCUCCUCCUGAUCCGAUUCUUGGUGUUUCCGAAGCAUUUAGAGCGGAUACGAGCGAUGUUAAGCUCAAUCUUGGAGUUGGGGCGUAUAGAACGGAAGAAUUACAGCCGUAUGUGCUUAAUGUUGUGAAAAAGGCAGAGAAUCUUAUGCUGGAGAGAGGGGACAACAAAGAGUAUCUCCCUAUUGAAGGUUUGGCCGCAUUUAACAAGGCAACUGCAGAAUUGUUACUCGGAGCAGACAACCCAGCAAUCAAACAGCAAAGACAUAGAAAGAAAUCGUUUUUUUGUUCUUUUCUUUUAAUAUAUUUGCUUGCUUUUAUAGAACGAUAUUUCCCUGAGGCCAAAGUUUUGAUAUCAAAUCCUACGUGGGGUAAUCACAAGAAUAUUUUCAACGAUGCCAGAGUACCAUGGUCUGAGUACCGAUACUAUGAUCCCAAGACAGUUGGAUUGGAUUUUGAGGGCAUGAUAGAAGAUAUCAAGUCAGCUCCCGAAGGAACUUUUGUGUUACUUCAUGGAUGUGCUCAUAACCCUACUGGUAUUGAUCCAACACCAGAACAGUGGGAAAAAAUAGCUGAUGUAAUUCAACAGAAGAACCACUUUCCAUUUUUCGAUGUUGCUUACCAGGGGUUUGCUAGUGGAAGCCUAGAUGAAGAUGCAGCAUCUGUGAGAUUGUUUGUGUCACGUGGCAUGGAGGUUUUUGUAGCUCAGUCAUACAGUAAAAAUCUCGGUCUGUAUGCUGAAAGGGUUGGAGCUAUCAAUGUCAUUUCCUCAUCACCAGAAUCUGCAGUAAGGGUGAAGAGCCAAUUGAAAAGGCUCGCUCGACCAAUGUACUCCAAUCCACCUGUUCACGGGGCUAGAAUUGUUGCUAAUAUUGUUGGGGAUCCAACUCUCUUCGGUGAAUGGAAGGCAGAGAUGGAAAUGAUGGCUGGAAGGAUAAAAACUGUUAGACAGGCGCUAUAUGAUAGUAUUUCUUCAAAAGACAAGAGUGGAAAGGAUUGGUCGUUCAUACUAAAGCAGAUAGGCAUGUUCUCAUUCACAGGCUUGAACAAGAACCAGAGUGACAAUAUGACAAAUAAGUGGCAUAUAUACAUGACAAAGGAUGGAAGGAUUUCCCUGGCAGGGUUGUCGCUGGCCAAAAGUGAAUACCUUGCAGAAGCUAUUAUCGAUUCUUAUCAUAAUGUCAGCUGAAACUCGGUGAGACGUGCUUUUGAAGCAAGCAUAUAUUUUUGGUGAGUAUUAUACCAAAUCAUAGUGAUCGGCACACAUGACAAUAAUUCUACUAUGUAUGCAUUGAUUUAUUUUUCAUACAUAUGUACCUGAUAGCCCCUUUGGGAGUUCUGUUGUAACCUUAAAUAAGUUGAAUUAAAGUGUCGAUGUAUACAUUUAUAGCAUGUUUUUUAUUGUUGUAACUCUACUGCAGUCAAUCAUUUGACAUUAUUUGUUCUUCUAAAUUUCCAACACAAACGCCGAUAGAUGACAUGGGUUGAGGGUCGAAACACUUGAGUCUUUCUAUAAACAUAAAUUAUUCACUCGCAUUAAAUAUCAUGCAUUCACGUAAAUAUGAUGUAUCAUACUUAAAUUGUGAGAUGAAUGUGUGAUUUCCUCAACUGCAUUUUUUGUUACGAGUCAUGCGCAAGUUUCUUAACAGAAUUGAUGGUCGGUUUAAUGAUAUUAGAUUGGGACAAGUUAAUUCCCUUUUAGCGCAACCCCUUGGAAAGAAAACACAGAACAAGUGACCUUAGAAGAAUAACUAACAGUUUCUCUGAAUUAUUUGUAACCCAGUUU